ACCCAGUUAAGGGCGAAGCGCCCUCGCCCAAACCUCAAUGAGAGUCGCGAUAAACAAGCACAGGGACCGGGCUGCAAGGACCGGGUUAAAAGCGAUGCCAAGCGGGAGACCAGCUGCACACACACCGGGAGCAGCUGGCCGGCUGGCCGUUUUAGAAACGCUAACAUCAAACAAGAAGGGGAACAAGAAGGAGGAAGGGAAUUGGAACUGAAACGGUUCCCACAUGGCAAGCCAAGCUGAGACCCAGCAGGGCAGCACGGCGCCCCCCGCCCUUUCCGUUUUGCCCCCCCUGGCGCCCUACGACCCAGCCAGACCCACGCAGUUCCGACAGAUCCCCUCCCCCCUCCGCCGGUCCCUCUCCCUCCCCAAAUCGGGGGUCCUGGACGAGGGCCGGUCCUGCAGGAGGAGGCGGGUGUGGCUUCACAUGCUGCACACGAGAGUGAAGCAGGAUCGCAAGCAAGCCUUCAGCCAGCUCUCUCUGGGCAACUGCCUGCUGCUAGACUCCGCCGUGCCGGGCAGCCCUGCCCCCAAACCAGACCCCUUGCCCCUCACCGAUUUGGAGCGGGUCGAGCAGGAACUGAGCGAGGCGGAGUGUGCCCCCCCCAGCCUCUCCGGCCCCUCCCUGGACGGGGAGGAGGGUCUCACUCUGGAAGGGGUGCUAGAUCUCCUGCAGCAGCUGCAGUAUCACACCCACCAGCAGGGCGGCGUGAGCAUCUGUCCGGAUUUCCUCGGGGGCCGCUGCCCGCAGGGGGGCCACUGCCCCCUCCACCACACGGCCCUCCCCUACCACUGGCAGCUCCGCAGGAAAGGGACCCAGCGCUGGGAGAGCCUCGGGCAGGACGCCAACGAGCUGCUGGAGAGACUGUACUGCAGCCCGGAUCACAACUACGUCACGCUGCGUGUGAGGGACCAGGCUGCCACUCUCAAUCUGGAUGAGAUGAAGGUGUCCCGCUGGCAGGGCGGGGGGGGCAUGGUGUACGAUGCGGCCCGACGACUCAGCACUGAAGCGGAUCCCAGCAGGGAAUUCCACACCCAGUACAGAUACUACUGGAGAGACGGGGCGGGCUGGGAGGAGUACUCCAAGGAGUUCAGCUCCACAAUCUCCAGCGCUGUCAGUGUAAACCAGCCCCUCGUCUAUCUCUCCUCCUCCUUGAAUUGCUAUUUCCUGUCCCUCAAGGAGGGCUUUCAGCUCAACGUGUCGACGGGACGAAGACGAGCGCUCCGCGUGAGACCCCUCUUCCAGUCCCCUACCGCGCUCUUACCCAAGCUCAGAACGCUCUCCGGUAGCCCCUCGGCGGGCGCCCCCCCAGCCCCUCUGAACCCCUCUUCGGACAGCCCGUACCCCGAGACCUGGGCCCCCCUGGACCCCUCCCUGUACUUCCAGCAGGUUCCCCUCACCCUCGAGGACCCGGCCUUCCGCGUGGUCUACCAGCACUUCCACAAGACCAUGCCCGAGUCUCGCUACCUCCUCCUGGGCAUCUCCCGAGUCCAGAACCCCUUCCUCUGGGACAAGUACAAGUGUAAGAAGCAACACAUGUGCCACCGCAUGAGCCCGGAGGAGAGACUCCGUAACGAACGGCACCUCUUUCACGGGACGUCCCGCUCCUCCAUCGAGGCCAUCUGCAAACACAACCUGGACCCGCGGCUGUCCGGCAAGCACGCUGCCAUCUAUGGGCAAGGCUGCUACUUCGCCCGCACGGCAGCCUACUCGCACCGCUACGCCCCUCGAGACCAGCAGGGGGAGCACCACGUCUUCCUCUGCAAGGUCCUGGUGGGUCGCUCGACCCCUGGCAGGCCCGAAAUGCGCCGCCCCCCCCCGCUGCACCCGGACGACCCCGCCAGCGACCUGUACAACUCCUGCGUGGACAAACUCCCAGACCCGGCUCUGUUUGUGGUCUUCGAGAACGACCAGUGCUAUCCUUACUUCAUGAUUCGAUACAGAGAGAUAGAGCCUUCUGUGACUGUGGAGUGAAAGCUGGAGAAGAGAGGAGGAGAGGGAGAGAGAGGGAGAGGAGAGAGAGGGAGAGGGAGAGGGAGAGGGAAGGGGGGAACGCAGGUAAAAGAACAAGAACCAAAAGGACGGUCCUGAAACCGAGGCGUUCCUUCAUCCAGGUAGGGCAGGGGAAUCUGAAAACUGCCCCACCUCAGUUUCGGCGAUCACUGGCUCCAGGAACGGAGAUAAAGGACCGGGAAGCAGGAAUAAGGACCGGUAGUUCCCCCGGAUCUUAUUUUCUCUGACGGGGAAGCACCCGCCAACCGACCCCUCUCCCUAUCCGGAUCUGAAAGCGGUUUAGCGAUUCACAAGGAGGACAGAACUGUGGCAGCAAGGAGAUGUGAGGCACAGCCCUGGAUUCUAAAGGCCAGGACAGCGGACUGAUUCUUGCAUACUCGCGGGCUUCGCUCGGUUUGUUUUGAGGGCUGUCGUCUCUCUCCGUGGAACUAUUUGUCCGGGACUCUGUAACACUCAGGAAUUUUUUUUAAAUGUUGUUUUUUUUUAUUCUUUAUUGUGUCGUUUCGUCUUGUCUUUUCACAGAUAAACAGUUUGACCCGUUUUGGUAUUUUUUGUAUUCCUGUUAUUUAUUCUAAAAACCGUUUGUAUGAAAAAAAGAAGUUGAGUGUAUUCACAAUAAAUAAAUAAAGACGA